UUUAAAUGAUGAUUUAGUUAGCUUUAGAAAAAAGGCUUCAACUCCAAUAUAAUGGCUGUUAUAGACGGGAAUUGGUGCCGUAUGGAAAGCGAGGAAAUGCCAUAUUCAGAUUUGAGUUUUGGUAUUAAAAUGGAGAAACUUUUGCACAAGGAAACAUCCAAAUAUCAAGAAAUUAUUGUAUUCAAAAGUCAAUUGUUUGGAAAUGUUCUUGUCUUGGAUGGGAUCGUUCAAGUUGCAGAGCUUGACGAAUUUGUAUACCACGAGAUGAUGGCUAACUUACCUCUGAACUGUCAUCCGGAUGCGAAAAGGGUAUUGAUAGUUGGGGGAGGAGAUGGUGGAGCAGCCAGAGAAAUUCUGAAACAUCCGUCAGUAGAAAAAGUUGUCGUCUGCGAAAUUGACGAGAAAGUUGUUGAUGUUUGUAAGAAAUAUUUUCCAAAAUUGGCCGAAAGUUUUAGUGAUGUCAGGGCAGAAUUAGUUAUUGAGGAUGGCAUUGAAUACAUAAAGAAUCAAAAAGGUGCUUUUGAUGUUAUUAUGACAGACCCACAGGAUAAGACAGGAAUAGCUGAAGGAUUACAUGAUGAAGGUUAUUAUAACAGUAUGAAAAGAGCAUUAAAACCUAACGGAUUGAUUUGUUCUGAAGGUAAAGAUAUGUUUUUUGAACUAUCAUAUGUGAAAAGAUUGAUGACUUUUUCGCAAAAGAUAUUUCCUAAAGUAGCAUAUGGAUAUGCAGUUACUCCAUCGUACGCACCUGGCCAUAUUGGAUUUCUUCUAUGUAGCACGAAUCCAGUAUUAAAGUAA